AUAAUGCGUGGGGAUUUCAAAGAGGUUCAUAUUAUCCAGGUAUUUCACUUUAACAGUGUUCAUAGGUUCCAGUUAGGCAUGGAAACACCUAUCUCGCUGCCAGAAACUGAACUGCAGGACACGACAGACCGAUCUCAAUGCUACUCUACAGGCUUUGCUAAAGCCCCCAAACCUGCGUGUUUUUAUUGGGAGAAGAAAAUAGCGAGUACCGAUGAAGUGAACAUGCGCGAGGGUCGUCCUGCAUUACAUACACACAACACAGAGAAAGGAAGAAGAAGAAGAAGAAGAAGAAGAAGGAGAAGAAGAAGGAGAAGGAGAAGGAGGAGAAGGAGAAGGAGAAGA